GAGGGAAUGGGCCGAGCUUCCCACGAAAGGAGGCUAUGUGCGAGGUGAAAGUACAUCAGUGCCGGGGAAAAUAGCCUAGGGGGCACUUCGGAGCGAGCGACAGAGCGGAGAGAUUGCAAGGGGCAGGCAGCAAGAGACAAAGAGGAGGGAGGACAUGAGCGAAAGGAAAGGGAGAGGACAGGGGAUCAGCUGAGUGAAACCGAGCGAGAAAAGCCCUUCCCUUGCCGGCACGUCCCUGGGCAGCGCGGACAGGUCCCCCCCCCCCGUUGGCCAGAAGACAAAGAAGCAGCCAGCCCCAUGGGGAAAGGGGGGGAGAAAGGCGAGGAGUCGGGGGAGUGCAAGGCGCAGAUCCCCUUCUACACCUGGGAGGAGAUCCAGAAGCACAACCUGAGGACGGACAAGUGGCUGGUGAUAGAGCGCAAGGUGUACAAUGUCACCCAGUGGGCAAACAGGCACCCGGGGGGCCACCGAGUGAUCAGCCACUGCGCCGGGGAAGAUGCCACGGAUGCGUUCCAGGCCUUCCAUAUCAAUCCCACCUUGGUGCAAAAGUUUCUCAAGCCAUUACUUAUCGGAGAGCUUGCUCCAGGGGAACCCAGCCAAGACCGAGAUAAAAAUUCCCAGCUGGUGGAGGAUUUCCGGACCCUGAGGAAGACAGCGGAAGACAUGAAUUUAUUCAGAGCAAGCCCUUUGUUCUUCUCUCUUUACCUGGCCCAUAUUAUUGCAAUGGAAGCUUUAGCUUGGCUAAUGGUUUCAUACUUCGGUACCGGGUGGAUCACAACUCUCCUCCUUGCGUGCAUCCUUGCAACUUCCCAGACCCAGGCAGGGUGGCUGCAACAUGACUUUGGACACCUGUCUGUCUUUAAGAAGUCUUCCUGGAACCACCUUGUCCACAAGUUUGUGAUUGGACACAUGAAGGGCGCCUCUGCAAACUGGUGGAACCACCGUCACUUCCAACACCAUGCCAAGCCCAACAUAUUCAAGAAAGACCCAGAUGUGAACAUGCUGCAUGUUUUUGUCCUUGGAGAUACACAGCCUGUUGAGUAUGGCAAGAAGAAGCUGAAGUACCUGCCUUACAACCACCAGCAUGAGUACUUCUUCCUCAUCUUCCCACCUCUGCUCAUCCCCGUGUAUUUCCAAAUCCAAAUCAUCUCAACCAUGAUCAAGCGCAGGUUCUGGGCGGACCUAGCCUGGGCCUUCAGCUACUACAUGCGCUAUUUCAUCACAUACAUCCCAUUCUAUGGCGUUCUGGGAUCCCUGUCUCUCCUCACUUUUGUCAGGUUUCUGGAGAGUCACUGGUUUGUGUGGGUCACCCAGAUGAAUCACAUUCCAAUGGAAAUUGAUUUUGAGAAACACAAAGAUUGGCUCAGCUCCCAGUUGGCAGCCACUUGCAACAUCGAGCAGUCCUUUUUCAAUGACUGGUUCACCGGGCACCUGAAUUUUCAAAUUGAGCACCACCUGUUUCCAACAAUGCCACGGCACAAUUUCUGGAAAGUUAAACCUUUGGUGAAGUCAUUAUGCGCCAAGUACGGAGUCCAAUAUGAAGAGAAGCCUCUUGGAAAAGCAUUUGUAGACAUAAUUGGGUCCCUAAAGAAAUCUGGAGAUCUAUGGCUGGACGCUUACCUCUAUAAGUGAACAUGAAUCUUAAUGGGGGGUGUGAGUGAUUGGGAGGGCUGGGGUGGGUGGCGAGGGGGGGAAUCACAUUUGUCUUUUACUGCUAGAUUUCAGUCUGUAUCUACGUGCACAGUUUGAGUGGAGUUUCCUGUCUUGUGAACUGCUACUGGUAUGAGCUCGGGCAACUUGUUAAACCCAGACAGAUUUAAAACGUGCUCGGCCUAGUCUUCAGAGGAUGAGACCCAGUGCCUGUAUUGCACAAAAUGGACGGCUGGGGUAGAAUGGAGAGGGGGAUUUAAAAAGGGGGCAUUUAACAUCUGCCCUCCACCUUCUCCUCACUAAAGAUUCAUUCUAGCUCUACCUAAAACACACAAGGCCUGAUUUAGACACAUAUGACUUGUCAGGCUUCAGCGAGUGUUUGCAAUCCAAGGACGCUCGUGUCAGCUCGUGCCUUUUUUUAAUCCAUGUUUGUGCAAAAGAGGCACUCAGAAGAGAGUUUCACUUAAAAAUAACACAGUCUGUGAUCACCAUCACAACAGGAGCUCAGGCGGGCUGUGUUCCCUGCCAGCUCUGCCUACAGGAAUCACACUCUGUGGGGACCAGCAGCUGCUGUAUGGUGUGGCUUUCAGUCCUGCUCAGAGCCCUACUGUGCCUUUGUUGGUUUCUCUGUUUUCUCUCCUGCCUUUCUUUCUCUAAUCAUAGCAUCUCUUCAGUAAAAGCUGUGAUAUUGACCCUGAACCAUUAACGUCUCAGCACCUUUCGGUCAGGGUUCUUAAUACAGGACUGUGUCUGUAUUUUUAUGACUAGCCCCGAUUUCUAAGUGUCCGUCAAAGAUCUCUGGGCUUACAUGGUAUAAUAUCUCCUUUUGGUAGAGGGUCUAUUUUCUUUCUUUAAUGAGCAACAGGCCUGGCAGAGCAUUAUAAUUGUCAGUAACUUACUCAAAAACAAUCAAACUGGAAAUAAGACACAAAACUUACUGAUUGCCACCCAUGCCCCACUGUAACCACAAAUGGUCUUUUCACCUGCAAGAGCAGCUGGGCAGUGUACUUCAGCAACACCCAGUUCUGCCUGUCUGCACAUGCCUGACAUAUACCAAGACUGUUUCUGCUGGUCAGAGGCCAGGACUGUGUAUCCUUGUCCUGAGACCAAGAAGGAGCUGCCCAACCACUCGACCUGCUCCCCCAGGCCUUCUGGGGAGGGGUAUGAAAACAGAAUUGACCAGGCUGUGUUGGUGAUGUGAAAUCUUCUACAGAAAGCUCUUACAACAUUUUCUGUCCAACACCUAGUUGCCAAAAUCCAUGAAUGGCUUAACCAGAGGUGUGGUUGAACACCUUCCAGGUGCUUCACUAACAGACAACGAAGCCCACUGCAGAAAAAUCAAGGGCUUUUGAUUCAGUUGUAAUACAAUAGAAGAGAUAUAUGCUCUAGUUUAUGAUAAAGGACCAUGGUUUCAAAAGCAGCAUUCCAGUUCCAACAGCUUGUCUCAGCUCAAAACAUGUUUCCUAGUACAAUAGGGAUACGCUAAUUAUUUGCACGUAUCAUCAUUUUGUUCAAUUCUGAAUCUCGAUUCUGACUAUCAAGUCCUUCAAUGCUAAUGAAGUCCCACAAAAUCAGCAAGGUUCUGCACGCACAGAGACAACUCCAGGACUGUGGCCAGACACUUCCAAAACCAUAUUCUCACCUCCCUCUUUGGAGAACAAGAUGAGAUUCCUGUGCUUACAGAAAGGAAAUGCAUAGGUAGGACUGCAACUUAACCCAGCUACUAAUAUUUGAGGUGUGUAAAGGGCUUCCUUUCGUGUUCUUGUCACCCCUUACUCGAGUAUCACCAUGAAUAGUUAGGACAAAACCUUGCUGGUGCCUAAAACUUGAAAAGAAUGAGGAGUUUUUAUAGCUGAUUUCUAACAGCAUACGCAGUAACAUCCUUCUGGACACUGUAACCUCUCAGACAGGCAAUAACAGGCAAUUGUGGUUAGCUGUAUUAAGACUGCCUUACUACAUCCAUUUGUUUCUGACUCCUUGAAUGUAUCUCACUGCCUCUGCUCCAGCAGGGAGAACCACAAACACACCAGCGGUGCAAUCUUUUAAACACCCAGCUUAUUUUUCUGAUAGCUUGUAUUUUUUUUGCUCAUUCAGUUCUUGUUUCCAAAGCAGAUGUUUCCUGAGUACAGAUGCUUCUUCCUCCUUCGCUCUGUCCUCUUUUGUCUAUCUUACCUUUCGUGUUGGGGAAACCAUUUGCUCUUUAACACCUAGAAACUUUCCUGCAGGGAACUUGUACCUCUGCCUAGGUAAAUAGUGCUGCUUUAGCAGUUUGGCUUCUGACCUGCCUGCUGGAAGGACUGUUUUUCUGCUAAAAAUCCAAAGUACUUCCAACCUAACAGCCUGGCCUAACAGCGCCUAGCAGACAGCAGCUACAACCGAUGAUGGCUGAAGGAACCUGAGAGGUUCUAGGAGAGCAACCAUGCUGCAACAGUCUACAGAAGGAAGGACCUUAGGCAAAUGGGCUUCCCCCCCCCCCCAAGACCAUAGGGCAAGGUACAAAAGAGAAGAAAAGAGGGACAGGAUAGAUCUUGAUAUUAGCUUUUCUCCCUGCUACUUGAUUUUUUCAGACCCUCAAAAAUUCCCCUUUCAUGAAAAAAAUUGUUCAGUUGCUCAAAUCCAGAAAUAAAAAAAAUAAAAAAUAAAAAAGUGUAGUGUUAUAGUCAGAAGUGACGUCCAAGUCUCAUGCACUGUUCUUGCUAUUGCAAGAUAAAAGGGUCUGCUCUGCAAAGAACAGGUCACCAACACUUUUUAACCACCAGUUUGUUCUUUUAUUCAUUGUACUUAUAUGUUCAGAAAGUUUGUCUUGUGAAAACAUAAGAAGCUGGUGACUAUGCCAAGCAAAGCCUCUCUGGCGGCAUUACUCAUGUAGUUUCUUCCCCUCCCUCCAAAAAAUCCCAGCCCACUAUCAUGGAAGUCAAACUGUUAUAUAAGCACAUUAAUGUACGAGUUCUCCAUCCAUUAAUCAGAUCAAACAGACCCCGACAAAAAAAAAAAAAAGGACAUCUGGAGAAAUCUGCCUUGUUAAAACUGUAAGUAGCACCAAAGCGAAAUCUGAUCUACAGAUGUUUGUGGAGUUUCAGUAAAACUGCAAACUUGGGCUGUGGAUGGAUGUAAACUUCACAUGGCCUUGCAUGGCUUUGUCCCCAGGGCAAAAGUGCAGCAAUCCUGGUGAGCUUCCCUUUGCAGUUUCCAAUUAGCCAUCAAAAUUAUAUAAUUGCUGUGCUGAAAUUGCAGUUUUGCUCCAGCUGAGGACUAAAACUAACUAGUUUCUCUAAAAAUGAGUGGAUUUCAUUUCUCUCUCGAAAAACCUGCAGAGACUUGCAGAUAAAGUCAUCUGAGCCACGUCGCUGGCUACAGGAGCACUUGCCAGCAUACAGAAGCUGUGAGUCAGAAACACAGCUUGUCUCAGGUCCAAUAACGAAACAAUAGUCAGGAAAUGACUGACUUCGCUUCUCUUCAGUCACUCGUUAGCAGGGCCUGGCAUACAAGUGGGAGCCCCAGCACGUUCAGAGAGGCUUGGAAGAGAAAGACAUUAACUAAAGCAAGUGCAGGAAAGGCAAAAGAAACCUCUGGGCAGGAGAGAUAUGGGCAUGUAUUUUGGAAGGAGUAGUACGGAGCUGGGAGAAACGUGCGAAGGGAGCAGGUUCGGCAGCGGUGCAUGAGUGGGAGAAAAAGCAUCAAGGAGGUGGACAGAGAAGAAAAGGCGACUUGAAACCAGGUGCCCACUAUUCUCCCAUUAAUUGCUAGUAUCUGACUGGCUACAGACACUGGUUCUGCAUGGAUGCACAAGGUGAGAAAUGACAGAGCACAGGCACAAAGAAAAUGGUGGAGCCUGGCUGCAGCAGGGGCGGUCAGCAUCACUGGACAUCUCGUAAGGAACUGGAUCUUGCACUGAGCUUGUCCUCCCCCGGGUGUCAGAGCAGGGACAGUACAGGGGUAACACACGCUGUGCCCUUACUGGGGUGCCUCCUUCCCCCACAAAGCAUCCUGGCUAACCUUGGUUAAAACCGUGACCUAGAUCUUCAGCAAACAGAAAUUAAUUCUACCCAAGGCCAUGGGUCAGCGCCAGCUCUGUGAACUAACAAGGAAUGUAGCCCCAUGUUUUCAGGGAGAGGCACGAUGGGAAUGAGGGUACUCACACUGAGAUUUUCCUUUAAGCAAGAAUUUAACAAGUCUAAGAUCCCAACUUUUUACUGAAAAAAAGCUUGGGAGGCUCAGAGCACCAGCAGAGCCUCAUCAGAAGGCAGCUUCAGGCACCAUCUCCUUGCUACAGGGGAUGUAGAGGAUGCAAUCUCUUCUCUGAUCACACUGACUGAAUUUUAGCUCUUCAUUAGGGCAAAGACAUCCUUUUCUUUCUGUAAAAAUGGCCAUGUUCCAGCCAUGGCCUCUUCCAGUAGAUGCUUUCCUAAGAAAGCCUUCCUGAGUCCUAACAUCUCAAAUGUUCUUUAGAAGUUGUUAAAAAAAAAAAAAAAAAAAU